UGUUAUAGAGCCCGGUUUUGACACUUAUUACUGGUGGACGGACGGAGGUGAGUCGCUCUCCUUGGAUUAUUCCGUACAUGCGAUUAUAAUUAGCAUUCCAAAGGAUGCGUGCUGAGGUUCCCCUCCCUCCCGCUCGUCCCACCCACGUAUGUACUGUACAUCCACACCCUUGCAGACCGGGACUUGCAGAGCAGUCUGGGGUCCGUGUCAGAUCGGACGGUUGGAGGGCCCAGUGUGUAUCUUAUUGUUACAUUUUAUCCAGCGGCGGCCCCAUAUGGCCUCGUCGACGGCCGACCAGCUGUCGUCGCUUGGGGGUGGUGGCACAGAGAACGACACUUCCACUUCGCCUACCGACGAUGCCAGCCUGACCAGGCGUUAUGGACGAGGCUCCAAUGACGACACAGAUGGAUCCAGCCCCUUGUCCCAGCAGCUGCACCAGCCGGGUGUUGGUGCAAGCAAGAAGCGGAAGAUCGGGCCCGGCUCGAGAGGUGUCGCCAAUCUGACCCCGGAGCAGCUGGAGAAGAAGCGGGCGAAUGACCGCGAGGCCCAACGAAACAUUCGCGAACGGAACAAGGCCCUUGUCGAAGAACUGCGUGCGAAAAUAGCCGCCUUGGAGUCGCAGCAGCCGUACCAGGACCUGCAGGCCGUCCUACGCGCCAAGGAGGCCGUCGAGGCCGAAAAUGUCGACAUCAAGAGGCGCCUGAUCUCCAUUAUGUCCAUGAUACAGCCCAUCGUGACAAGUCCAGUUCACCACUCCAACUACGCCUCUCCUGCUCAAGCCUACCUUACCGUCCAACAUCCUCCUGCACCGUCCUCGCUCCACAAUGUCUCGACUCCGACAAGCGCUGCAUCCCCAGCUUCUGUCUCCGUGGCCCAUGGCCAAGGUCAAUGGCCCGGGGAUCUCCUUCCUCAAAAACCCCCGCCACCGAACGUUCCCCUGCCGCAAUCCAAGCUGCUAAACCAGCAGCGCCUUGAGUACGUCCACGGCCUAGACAUGGGCACCGGGGAGAGGUUGGGGCUCGACUUCCUGCUCGACUCGGCGCAGCGUGUCAACCGAAUACAGAGUGGUGCCGAUGGAGCGCAAGACACUCCGCAGUUCCGCCACGUGCCCAUGAAGCACGACUGGACGGGCGUCACACCCUCCCAGGGGUCGCUCCUCGACCAGAACCCAGACGCAAGUCAGUUGGAAUAUGGCGUCGGUAUGGAUCUUGCCGCCGGCACUGGCGUCGAACCCGGGUAUGCCUCGCUGCAGAUCAAGAACUGCUUGCCGACGUGCCCGCUAGAUAGUCUCCUGCUAGAUUUGCUGUCCGAGCGGCGGCAGAGAGCAGCCGAGGGCCUUCCAACGCAAGAGAUAAUCGGCCCCCGGUACCCGUCGGUAUCCUCAUUACUGAACCCUUCCAACAGCCAGUACUCCCACCCGCUUUCGAAGGUGUUCACCGACAUCUUACAGACGUUCCCGGACCUUUCCUCGCUGCCGGAGCGCGUGGCGACUCUGUACAUCAUGUUCCUGCUCAUGCGGUGGCAGAUCAGCCCGACCCGGGAGAACUACGAGCGCCUGCCGGCGUGGAUGGCGCCGCAGCCGGCACAGCUAGACACGCCGCACCCGGCGUGGUUCGACCACCUGCCCUUCCCGCGGAUGCGCGAGCGGCUGGCCCGGACCUACCAGCCCAACGAGUUCCCGUUUGAGAACUUCUUCAUCCCCUUCACCACCACGCUGAGCCUCAACUGGCCGUACGAGGACAUCGACACCCUGCUGCAGAGCCCCGACACAAGCGAGCUCAUGAUCAACCCCGUCUUCGAGCGGCACCUCCGCCGCCUCGACAACUGGACCCUGGGCGACGCCUUCGCCAAGGCGUUCCCCCAGCUGGCCGGCACGUUCAACCUGAAGAGCGAGAGCGCGAACAAUGCCAUCCGGUUGGCGAGAUGAGCGAAACCGGUUCCUCGAUACCGUCCGAUCUUAUCUGGCUUGUCGGUGCAUUUUGAGCAACGUUUUUGCCCGUGACGGCAAUAUCUGCCCAUGUAGACUGUUGUCCGUGGGGGAUGUUCUCAGUAUUUAUCGCAUCUUUUCCCUUGCUGUUCUUUAAAGAUACUUAAUGAUCUUCUUGGGAUUCUAUGGGAGCAUCAUGGUUUGGCGCAGCU